CAAAGAUGUAUCAAUCAUGAAAGUUAUGGAAAAUCGAUUUAAUAAGAAAGAACUGUAGAAAUGAUGCAAUAUAAAAUAAUUCUUAGUAUCUAAUGUUAAGUAUCUGUGAAUCUUCAUCAAUUAUAUAAAUUAUAAAAAGUAGAUGAUAUCGCCUUAGCAGUGAUGUGAUAAAUGAUGGCAAACCUUGUAGGAGUGGGGGAACAAAAUGGCUUCCUGCAAGGCUGAUUGUUUUGUAUUGUGUGUCGAAGAUUGACAAAAUUUAUUCUUGUUACUGAAUAAUGAUUAUUUGUUUAAUUAUUCUGUGUUGUUGAUCUUCAUUGUGCUCUACAGAGUCAUUGGAGCGUCUGGUGUUACAAAGCUGGAGUUUACUGCGGUUGAUUUAUGGUGUCAUCAUUGAGUUGGGAUAUAGACUGUCAUUGUUUUGUUUUUGUUAAUAAUGCUUGACUUAUCGCCAUCGAGAGUGAUCAAUUAAUGAAAUAGGCCCAUCUAUUCUAAAUGGGAUUUGAUAACUUGAUUUUAUUGGAUGAAGAACUUGACUUGGUGACCUGUACAGUAUAGAUUUGUGUGAUUAUUUUGAACUAGAUGGUAUCUGAUGAACAUGUCUUUCAAUCAACUGAACGGUUCGGGGGUGAACCACUCCUACCUGGAAGACAGCGGUGUAUUCCUGGGCACCAAACAAAACCAGCCAGUGAAUCAGACACUGAAACCGCCGCGCAUUCUGUACAAGACAGUGAGUAGUUCGACGCCCAUCUACCACCUGCCGCGCUGCAUAGUAGGCAUCGAACACAGUAACGGCAUAUUUCCCAGCCCUCUCUACAAUCGCAUGAGGGACCAGAACUAUCUCUAUCAGUGCUACGAGAUUCUUCAUAAAAUCGGUGAGGGCUCUUUUGGCACUGUCUACAAAGUGCGCAGUAAAGAAGAUAAUAGUUUGUAUGCGGUGAAGAUCUUCAAAGAGCCUUUUAGAAACAAGACUCAUCGGAAACAAGUGUUGGAAGAGGUGAUGCGACAUCAGCAGCUAUCCAAGCAUCCCAACAUUGUCAGCAUGUAUCAAGCGUGGGAAGACGAAGGCUAUCUGUUCAUUUUACUAGAACUCUGUGAGACUAGUCUGGAGAUUUAUUCUCAAGAAAACCACAACGUGAGUGAGUCGAUGGUGUGGGAUAUUUUGUUGGAUAUGCUACAUGCUGUGAAACAUAUCCAUGACAUGAAUCUCUUACAUCUGGAUAUCAAGUUGGGCAAUAUUUUGUUGGGGAGAGACGGUUUGUUCAAGUUGAGUGAUUUUGGAUUGAUAGUGGAUCUGUCUCAGGUUAGAGAUCCGAAAGAGGUGGUGGAGGGCGAUUCCAAGUAUCUAGCACCUGAAGUGAUGCAGGGCACAUUCUCGAAGGCGGCCGACAUGUUCAGCCUGGGUAUCAGUGUGCUGGAGAUCGCUUGCGACGUGGUGCUUCCCGGCUGCGGUGAGGAGUGGCACCACUUGCGGCAGGACAAGAUACCCCAGGUGCAGACGGCGCGCCUCUCCAACGAGUUGGUGCAGGUCAUCACCGCCAUGAUGAGCCAGGACUUCCGGCUGCGACCGACCGCCGACGACAUCCUACGAACUCCCUUCGUCCAAAAGAAGAUGAAACUUCGCAAAGUGAUGAAGUUCUUGAGGUGCUUGAGGUAUUUGGGAAACAGUUUAGUAUUCUAUCCAGUGAGUAAGCUGAUGAGGCUAUGGACGAGGCUUCGUACUGUUCUGUUUGGAAAUCGUCAUGUAAUCAAAUCUAGCACGCCUACCAGAUCUCCGAUGAAUGUGAAGAUGCCAGGAAUCGGGCAUUCGACUCCGAUUGUUGGAGCCAGCGAGAACAACCUGCUCGACUUCAGUGCCAACAGAUCUCUGCUCGGCCAGAGUCACAGCAACCUCAGGGCCAGGCAUCAGCAGAACAUUGUCAGUCAGAAAACAAUAUUCGCCAGGAGAAGGCUGUGUUACAACUCUUCCGAUUCUGAGUAAAAAGUUUGUUUCUCAAAUUAUCCCCAAAUUUGGCUAUUUCAUCUGAAAUUAUUACGAUAAUUAAUGACAUCCAAUUAAGGUUUUUAAAUUUAAAUUAUGAUUUUAACCAGAAUUAUAACAAAAUAAUUUUCAAAAAUAAUCAUAUUUAAUAAGUAGGCUACUCUAGUACUUUUCAAAAUUAUAUUCAUAUAAUUUGAUGAUUUCAACUAAAAAUUGUAAAUUUCUAUCGAGAAAUACUAAGUUUGUAGUGCCAAAACCUAAUCCCCAUCCAAGGGUAGCCUACGGUUAGUCUGUAUCAAUGUUUCAAUAUGAGACUUAUAUUUCCGCUUAAUACUCGUUGGAAAUCGCAGUACUAUACUUUCGUUUAAACAAAAUUCCGCUCUCAUAGUCCCAUGUGAAUUUUUACUGUAAAUGAAUUGAAUAUACUAAUAGAAAUAAUAUAAUUAUAUUUUUCAGAUACUGAUAUUUUUACAUCGCAGUUUGUUGUAUUAUCGACCGUACAUGUUAUUGUAUUUCAUUAAUUAGAGAUUUAUUGCAAUUUCAACAUAGUAGGUACUGAAAAUUUUGAAAUGAAAAAUCUAGUGGAUUGAUAAAAUCUACAAUUUUGAUACUAGUCGACAAAUUUCUUCAAUCUUGAUGUUUGACUUUGAAAAUGGUAUGACACCGGGAGUUUAUUUGUCAUUCGUGUACAUUAAUGUUUUAUGUACGAGGAGUAUCUCAAAAGUAAGUUACAUUUUUUUUAAUAACUCUGUACAUGACAGGAAAAGGCUGAAGUUUUCAGUAAACUUCCUUCCAGGUUUUUGUGGCAUCUCAAGGAUUGCUUGUAACUUACGAAUGAAUCAUGGCAUCUGCAUGAAAAUUUACAGCCCUGUCACUAAACCUGCAAGAAAUAUUCCUCACAAUUUGAUAUUUUUCCUGCCAUUUACGGAGUUUAUAAAAAAUAGUGUAACUUACUAUUAAGAUACUCCACUUAUAUGUAACCUAUCACUUUUUCCUUAUAAAUAAUUGAAAUCAUAGUUGAAAUCCUCAAAUUUAUAAGAAUAUUGAUUAGAGUUGCCUUCAAUAGUUACGGUAUUUACAUUUGUGCAUAUUUAAGAGAACGGAUAUAAUAAGGAUCAUCUUUUUAUUUGAUUAUUAAUAAGAAUAUUUCAUAGUUUCUGUAAGUAUAAUAUAAGUUGAAGAAGUUGGUCAUACUGAAUCUAAAACUGCUAAUAUUGACUUGUGAGUUACCAGCAUAAUUUUUAACUCUUCUAUUAUUGAGAAAAAUCUUCUCAUGUAUUCAACUGAAAAAGUCUGGAAAUUUGUGAUUAGCAGUGAUAGUUAUGUUUAAAGGUCGUUUGUGAUAUCCAUAGUGAAGUUCCUUGUAGAAGCGGCAAAUUUGUAUUCAAUAACCUGAAUAAUUCCUGAUAGAAUUAAUUAUCCAAAUGUUAACCCGAAUUGGGCAUUCGUAUUCCAGUGGCUUGAACGGAAUACGUACUUUGUCAACGCAACUAAUGUUAAAUGGCCUAUCUUCUAGAUCUAAUAAUAAUAAUUAUGAUUUGAGUAUUUGUAAUUGUGACCGUAUAGAAAUUUUAGGAAGAAAUUAGAGAUUAGAACAACUCUUUAGUAGAUGUGGAUAUAACAUUUUCCCAAAUUACUAAGCAUUAUUAUUUGAAAAAUUUCCUCAGGGAAUAUGGACAGAUAUUCAGUGGAUUAGACUGAAAAUACUGAUCACAGUCAAUCGGUUGACUUUGUUUACUUUGAUAUGACCGUAGCGCAUAUUUAUGUGUUCUUUAGUUUAAAAAUGUAACCUUUUUUCUCAGGUAGUUACAGUUAAUGAGUAAAUUACGAUUCCUUAGUUUAGAGAUAUUGUUUAAUACCUAGCAAUUAAUAUUUUUAUGCUAAAUUAUCAUUUUUCAUAAUUUCUUUCUACUUUUAGAAAUUUUGGAGUUGAAACCUCUCUUCCCAUUACCCAAACUUUGGCUUUUGAAUAUUUAAUUUAUUUGUUUAAUACAAUUCGUAAUGAAGUUUAUUAUUAAAAAAUAAACAUUAAAGAUCCAAAAUCUAAAUUCGUCUAAGCUAAGAUCAAUCUUAACAAUAAUAAUUUAAACGAUUAUUGGUAAAAGUGGUAGAAUUUUGAUUUUUUCAUUUUAUAGUUUGAUUAUUGAGAACAUUGAAGAUAACAGUUCAUAACUUCUUGUUGUUCAAGGAUUCGAUUGCUGGGGGCCUAUUGCAUGAUAAAACACUAACUAAUAAUUAAGUAGUCAGCUGGUUAUUAGAAUAGGAAAUAUUACCAUAGAGAAACAAUAGCGUAAGUAGAUAACCCAUGGUAUAGGGCGUUUAUGUCUCAACUUUUACUGUUAUCUCAAGCCGAUUUCUGUUGAUUAUUGUGGAAUUCUACUGUUUUUUUGGGGAGAGAGUGUAUGAACGGCACAAUAUUAUUAUUUAUUAUUAUAAUUUUUACAAUAAAGCACUGAAUGGGAAAGAAAAACUAAGGAUACUCCUUGUACUAUUUCUCUCCCAAAUUAGAUAAUAUUAUUUUAAAAGUCCGAAAUGAGGAGGUAUAUGAGAGACUACCAUUGUCACACAGCUUCACGGGAAAGAAUUACAUGAACUAUCGGCUUGAGAUAACAGUAAAAGUUGCGACAUAAAUGCCCUAUACCAUGGGAUAUCUACUUAUGCGAUUGUAUAUUCUCAUGCAACAGGGCUGAGGGCCUGGAGCUUAGAUUAUUUCCAGUUUUUCAGUUGAUCGUCCACAUGCAAGCCAGAGUUGAUUACAACAUUAGUAGAUUAGCUCACUUGUCUUCUUUUUCAGUUCAAACAGUUGAAACUAAUAAUUUUAAUUUGCAAUAAUGUUCAGUGCAAUCACCAUUUUUAGAUUUUUAUGCAAAAAAUAUAAUGGAAAUCGACUUAAUUGCCCAUUUGAAUAAAUUAAUAUUAUUCAAAUUUUAAUAAUUAUGAAUAAAACUUUACUAUUUUCAAUUUUUCCGUUAAUAUUUUUGAGUGAGUUGCUGUCUUAGCACGUCUGCUUUUGAGGCCAGCUUUGCUUACAGACAGAAAUGAGCAGCCUGGUCGUUAGUAAGCCAUCUAAAAUUAUAUUCAUCCCUUAGCAUCAUCCUCGACGAAUAAUUAAGUCAUUUUCAGCAUAUAUGUUCUUGAGUUACAAAUAUGACGAACUCCCUAUUUUCUUGAUAAUAUUAAUUAUGAUUUUGGUUAAUUUGAAAUUAUAGUAAAACUCCAAUCAUCCGAAUUAAUUGGGACAAGAUUCCAUUCGGUUAAAUAAUCUGAUAAUUGGAAUUUUCACAAUAAAAUGAGUGAUUUAAUUUAAAAAUAAAUUUGAGAAAUUUAACCUCAUUUGGACUAUUGUUAUCAAAAUAAGGAGAGACACAGUUUUCGGUUUAUCCUGUUGAUUCUCUCCCAAUCAUUAAUUUGAUGUUGUAAUUGUGGAAAUAAAUAAAUAACUUUGAUUAAAAUUCAGAAAAAUAUAUUAUAAUAUUUUACUCUAAUUAUAACCGGUUACUGUAUAAAUUGAACUUUGCUGAAAGAGUGUUACCGUAAUGCUUUUUGAAUAUAACUGAAAUUCGCCUCAUUUUGUUCUUGAAGUGAUUCAGAUAAUUUGAGCUCUACUAUUUAUUAUGUCAUGCCAUUAGAAUUAUUAUAAAAUUUAUAUUUCACUCAUGUAUUUGGCAUAUUUUUACUUAUAUGUCACAAGUAAAUUUAUUACAAUUCAAGAAACUAUUUUAGUACUCAAAUGCUCAUUUUGUCAAUAUGCUUUAUCAUUGUUCCAGUAAAUUUAAUUGUAAUUUUAAGUUUCCUAUUCAAUUUGUUCGCAUCGUAAUAUUAUUUUGUCAUCUCAAUCAUUCCUGUAUCAUAUUUGAACCUCUUUAUUUCAAGAAUGAUUUUUAUUUUCAUUACAACUUAUUCAGUUGAAUGUAUUUAAAAUACUGUCAGCAUGUAACAGUUUAAAGUUUUGUACAAACUGUAAUUUCAUUCAAUAUUAUUAUUGAAUAUUGUGAAAUUCUUAUGUUACCGUCCAACUUCGCUUACUUUUGUACACUACUUUCACGAAUAUUUGUUCAU